CAGUGCACGACGGGGCUCUAACCCUCUCUAGCGCUGCUUUCCAGGGGAUUGGGGCCCGGUCCGCCGCUGAGGAUGCUUCUCCAUAUUACAAUUCGAGUGUCGUGGGCGCUCGAUUAUCAAGCUGGGUAUUUCCCAGUUCUCUCGUCAUUACUAAGGGAAUCCUGGUAAGUUUCUUUUCCUUCGCUUAUUGAUAUGCUUAAACUCAGUGGGUGUUCCCGCCUAACCUGGGGUUGCAUUUUGAAGGUCCAUUAGUCCCUCAGGGUCCAUUGUGGUGCCAUCAACCAAGAAGCACACGCAUGCGAUGAGACUCUAGUGUAAUUUAAACCACAGCUCACAACGAGGUCCUUAGCCGACGACUUCAUUUUCGGCCAACCGCAAGGCUCAAGUGAGGCCCCGGGAGGCCAACAUCCGCUCCCAUCCCCGAGUGGGGAUUGGGAGACAUUGCGUGAUACCCAGGAAGACGUGCCCUUAACCGGAUGGCUUUGGGCGCAACUUUCGUUCAAAGACACGAUGGUUCACGGGAUUCUGCAAUUCACAUCAAGUAUCGCAUUUCGCUACGUUCUUCAUCAAUGCGAGAGCCAAGAAAUCCGUUGCCGAGAGUCAUUAUGAUAAUUAGUUGGUGGAUAGUCAUGCCAAAUGCCCUGAGAUCGGGCACGAGGCACGGCAUCACUCGAGUAUUUCUUGAUGCAUUCCGCGUCGGGGGUUUUUAGUUUGUGAGGGUAAGAACGCCCACUAGGACACUCCUCUAGACGAGGUCAUCACUAAGUUGGGCCAGGAGCCAUAUCUCGCUUUAACCCCGCCCAUGUUUAACAACGAGUUUGUUGGUCAUUCUGCUUUGCAGGUUUUGACAAUGAUCCUUCCGCAGGUUCACCUACGGAAACCUUGUUACGACUUCUCCUUCCUCUAAAUGAUAAGGUUCAGUGAACUUCUCGCGACGUCGCCUGCAGCGAACCACCCACGUCGCCAUGAUCCGAACACUUCACUGGACCAUUCAAUCGGUCGGAGCAACGAGCGGUGUGUACAAGGGCAGGGACGUAGUCAACGCGAGCUGAUGACUCGCGCUUACUAGGAAUUCCUCAUUGAAGACCAACAAUAGCAAUGAUCUAUCUCCAUCACGAUGAAAUUUCAAAGAUUACCCGGGCUUGUCGGCCACGGCUAUAUACUCGUUGAAUACAUCAGUGUAGCGCGCGAGCGGCCCAGAACAUCUAAGGUCAUCACAGACCUGUUAUUGCCUCAAACUUCCUUCCUAAAAGGCCAUAGUCCCUCUAAGAAGCUUGCCAUAGAGGGUGCCUCUGCAUAGCUAGUUAGCAGGUUGAGGUCUCGUUCGUUAACGAAAUUAACCAGACAAAUCGCUCCACCAACUAAGAACGGUCAUGCACCACCACCUAUAGAAUCAAGAAAGAGCUCUCAGUCUAUCGAUCCUUACUAUAUCUGGACCUGGUAAGAUUCCCCGUGUGGAGUCAAAUUAAGCCGCAGGCUCCACUCCUGGUGGUGUCCUUUCAUCAAUUCCUUUAAGUUUCAGCCUUGCGACCAUACUCCCCCCGGAACCCAAAGAUUUUGAUUUCUCAUACGUUGCCAAUGAAUUCCAAAAAGCAUAAUCCGCUAAUCCCUAGUUGGCAUCGUUUAUGGUUGAGACUAGGAUGGUAUCUGAUCGUCUUCGAGCCCCCAACUUUCAUUCUUGAUUAAUGAAAACAUCCUUGGCAA